AUGGCUGCUGUUGUGAAUGGCGUCCCCGUCGCCAUCCCACCGCCUGAGGGCUAUGUAGUCGAUUUCGAUAACCCUCAGCGCAACAGCGUGACUGCAGCAUAUUGGCUAUUUGGCGUUGGGAAUUUUCUUGCCCUUCUUUUCAUGCUUCAGCGAGGCUACGUUCGACUGCUGAUUCAGAAGACACUUCGGCUAGAAGAUGCUUGCUUAGGUAUCGCAUAUGUAUUUUCGGUGGUCCUCCAAACCCUCAUUAUCCGCGACUUUGCUCGCGGUGUAAUGGGCACACAUGGCUGGGAAAUGCCAAUCACAAAAUUCGCCAUGUUCGUACGAGCCUUGUACCUCCUCCCGAUCCUCUACAACCCCGUCCAAUGCGGUGCGAAAAUGGCCCUCCUUCUCGUCUACCGCCGACUUGCGCCUCAAAUAUGGUUUCGAAUUUCCGUCUGGUUCACGACUUUUGUGGUAAUCGGGUCCUCUUUGGCCAUCACCUUCGUCACCAUCUUUCCCUGUCAACCAACUCGAGCGGCGUGGGAUAUCAGCUAUACGAAUCCGAAGUGCAUUGAUAGGAAUGCUGUAUACAAGGCUACAGCAGCUCUAGGAGCCAUUACGGAUCUCAUGGUGCUCGCGAUCCCGAUCCCAGUUGUGAUACCCCUCCAGAUAGCCAUGAGGCAGAAGAUUGGGUUGAUCUGUUUCUUCGCUGUUGGUGGAGUGACCGUAUUCACCUCCAUCAUGAGACUUAUAGCUCUCAUUAACUCGAUGGGUGAUGUGGACCAAUCUUGGGGCGGCGGGCCUGUACUCCUUUGGAUGUAA